AUGAACCAGCCAGGCACGAGCUUACUUGGUAUGAAGCAACUGGACAUGAACCAACCAAGCACAAGCUUACCUGACACCAACCAACUGGGUCAACUAGGCAUGAGGCAACCAGGCCUGUGCCAAAUAAGCAUGAGGCAAUCUGGCACAAGGCAAGCAGUCCUGAGCCAAUCAGGCAUGAAGCAAACAGGCAUGAGCCAAUCAAACUCAAGCCAAUCAGGCACAAGUCAGCCAGGCCUGAGUCAACUGCAACCAGGCCCGAGCCAAUCAAUCAUGAGUCAACUAGGCCCGAGCCAAUCUGGCACAAGCCAAACAUGCAUGAGCCAAUCAGGCAGGAGCCAACUAGGAAUGAGCCAGCCAAGUCUGAGGCAACCAGGCAGGAGCCAAUCAAGCAUGAGGCAACCAAGUGUGACUUCUUUUCGAGUAAGACCUGCGGAGGCUCGAGACUGCCCGGAAAUCCUGCAUCUAAUUAAAGAAUUGGCUGCCUGUGAAAACAUGCUAGAUGCAGUGAAGUUAACAUCAAAGGAUUUACUCAGGGAUGGCUUUGGGGACAAUCCCCUUUUCUACUGUCUGAUUGCAGAAGUACACAAUCAUCAAAAACCAUCAGGUAAAGUGACUGUUGGAUUUGCCAUGUACUACUUUACAUAUGACCCCUGGAUUGGCAAGUUACUUUACCUAGAGGACUUUUAUGUCAUACAAGCUUACCGAGGUCUAGGUAUUGGAGCUGAAAUGCUGAAGAGGCUAAGUCAGAUAGCCAUCAGAAGCCAGUGUAACUGCAUGCACUUUCUUGUUGUCAUUUGGAACCAGGCUUCUAUCGACUACUACACUCGUCGAGGGGCUUUAGACCUUUCUUCCGAGGAGGGCUGGCAUCUGUUCAGGUUUAACAGAGAAGAACUCAUGGACAUGGCAGGGGAAAAGUGAAAGGUGACUUAUCACUUGUCCCAAUAUAGGCUCCAACAUCUGAAUGUCGCCUGAGUCCAACAGCAGUUUGACUGUCGUAUAAUACAGCAAGUGAACAACUC